AUGGAUGUCGUGUUCGAGUUUACGCGCGUCGUCAUCUCCGCCGUUAGCAAAAGAUGUGCCUGCACCAUCCUCGAAGUUGCCAGGCAGAGCCCCCGCUACAGCGGGAGGCUGAUUGAAAUGGGCCAGGCGACCAACCGAGCGUACGUCCACCUGAAGUACUUCAGUGGGCGAUUCCUCAUCCCACCCGGAUCACCUCACUGCCACGCCAGACAGGCGGCCGCCUCCGCGUCGCAGGCCGCCCACGCUGCGCAGGCUGCAGCCGCUACGCCGGCCGCGGCGAAAGCCUCUCGCCCAGCCACUCAUAAUAGGGCGGACGUUCUCGCCUCUACGCCCCCCCUUACCCCUACUACCGCUACUCCUCCUACUACCCCUCCCCCUCCCCCCUCUGCCCCCCCUCUUCCUCGACGACCCCUACCCCCCCUCUCCCCCUCUGCCCCUACCCCGGCCCCUUCCUCGUCGCGGCAGGGCGCGGCCGAGUCCGCGCAGACUCCUCCUGCGUCGUGCCCGCAGGCGAACCACGCGGACGCGCCGGCGUCCUCCGCGUCGAGUGCCUCGUCUCCUGGAACCUCGUCCGCAAAGGCCUCCUCUCCAUGGAACCGGUCGGGAAUGAGAAUCACGCUCAACGUCAAACCGCUCGAUGAAGACAAAGCACUCGAGGUUGGAGCAGAGGCGCUCAGCGACGGCAUCGUGAUGCUGGUGAUGCUUUGUCUGGUGACUGUGGGUCUGUACAUUCGGCGGCUUUACGCUGCGCGUUCGGAGGCGAAAGUCCGCCAGCGCGAAGAGGCACUCCGCGAGCGGCAUGCAGAGACACAGCGGCAGCUGGAGCAGGUCAUUUUCUUCCUCCAGCAGACCUUCCCGGACUUUGAGCUGUCGCAGACGACGGCCGCUGCCGCCCAAGCUGACGCCACGCUGAAUCUACCUCAGCAGCCUCCGCGUCCUCAGCAGGAGGGGGCGGUCGCGCACCCUACACGAUAG